AUGAUCCCCGUGCUGGCCAACCAGACCUUCUCUUCAUACACCAACCUCAUCGAUGCCGUCGGGGGUCGCAUGUCUGCACUCUCAGCCCCGAAUUCACCUACUGACCAUGACGUGCUCUUUGGUAUUUUGGGAUCGCAUCCACGUCUUGGUCGGGCCCCAGCCAACCCAGAACAUCUGAGCGAGCUGAGCAAAAAGGAACAAGCCCAAUUGAAUGAAGGCGCAGCGGAACAGGCGGAGAAGUUACGAACACUGAAUGCGGAAUACGAAGCGAAGUUUCCGGGUUUGCGGUUUGUUACAUUUGUUAAUGGUCGCAGUCGUGAGGUGAUUAUGGUCGAAAUGCGCCAGCGCAUUGACCGCGCUGAUGCGGAUAAAGAGAUUGAAGAGACCAUUCAGGGAAACAAUCUCCAAUUACGAGUUGCGACCCCCGCGGCCGAUUUGACCCCUCUCGGAACCUCGACAUUCCCCGGUUCGGCCACAUCGGAUGUCGCAUCGGGCUCGACUCAUAGUCUUCAAGAUGCCCGGAAUCCCCGACGAUCGGGCAUUGGUAGCUCGUUGCGAGAUUCGACCUCGAAUAUUCUACACGAGAAGCCCGAGUUAAAUGCCAUAGAUCCGUUAUCGCAGCACAUCAUCCAACGCACCAAUACCCAAAAGUCCAUUCCCCUGAAAUUACUGGGGAGUGCCUCAUAUGAAGCAGAGGCUGUUGGCUCCGAGUACAGCCCGCCAGAGAAAAGCCUGGCCCGGAACGAUUCAUCGCCUACCUCAAAACACCCCAAAGAGAAGAAAAAAGGUGUUUCCUUUCUCAGUCGAAUCAUUGGAAACAAGAAAAAAGACCAGCCGGUUGAGGCGGACGAUGAAACGUCAGAUUCUGAGGCGCACCGCAUGUCCGUUGACACUUCGCAUCUAAUUGGGUUUAUACCUCGACACCCUCCUCCGUCCAAAUACCUAAAGGUGCGAGCCCAUUACAAAAAGGACAAGACGUUCAAUCGCGUGUUUCUGGCCCAGGAACUGGAGGGCAGCGGCCCACCGCCCAAACCCGCAGAUAGACGGAUAUCUACGUCCUCGGUCUUGCAGAAUGGUGAUCACAUCGGAAAGGCCAUCUGGGCACUUAUGGUUUCGAAAGAUGGUAAAUAUCUCGCGGCCGCUGGCCAGGACCGGAAGGUUCGAGUGUGGGCUGUUAUCGCUACACCCGAGGAGCGCGAGGAUGCCAACGGGGAAGAGGCAACACCCGUAGACGCACGAGAUAGUUCCGGUUUGAAGGCGCCUGUGUUCCAGCCGGAGCCCGUUCAGGUGUAUGAGGGACACACGGGAAGUAUAUUGGACCUGAGUUGGAGUAAAAAUAACUUCCUUCUCUCCUCGUCAAUGGACAAAACAGUGCGACUAUGGCACGUUUCUCGACCGGAAUGUCUUUGCUGUUUCCAGCACAGUGAUUUUGUGACCUCAAUUCAAUUCCACCCGCGUGACGACCGCUUCUUCCUUGCUGGAUCUCUCGAUACGAAAUUGCGACUCUGGAGUAUCCCGGAUAAGAGCGUGGCUUUUGUGACUGCCGUGCCCGAUAUGAUUACUGCCGUGGCAUUUACCCCAGAUGGCCGAUACUCCAUUGCCGGAUGUUUGAAUGGCAUGCUUAGCGUCUAUGAUACUGAGGGCCUAAAGGUAUCAGCCCAGAUCCAUGUACGAUCGGCCCGUGGGCGCAAUUCCAAGGGUAGCAAAAUCACUGGAAUUGAUACAAUGACGGUUCCCAGGGACGAUAGUAAAGAUGAUAUCGAUAGUGAUAUCAAGCUACUGGUUACUAGCAACGACUCCCGCAUCAGGCUGUAUGACUUCCAUUCUCGAUCGUUGGAGGCUAAAUUUCGCGGUAACGAGAACACCUGCAGCCAAAUUAGAGCUACAUUCACCAACGAUGGCAAGUACAUCAUAUGUGGAAGUGAGGAUCGCAGGGCAUACGUGUGGCCAGUUCAGUCUGCGCAACAAGAUUCUGAAAAGCAGCCGGUGGAGGUAUUCGAGACACAGUCCGCCAUGGUAACAGCCGCAAUCAUGGCGCCGAUCCAAACGAAACAGGUCCUGGCCCUAUCAGAAGAUCCAAUCUAUGACAUCUGCAACCCACCUCCGGUAGCUCUAAUGGGUCCGGAGCCAACAGGCCCAGGCAACGAAAAUGGAAAACCCCAUAAGCGCUCUGCAUCAGCACCUCGCCUAUCCAUCAUCAGCAAAAUGGCCCACGAAUCACCCUCGUACCUCGCGCGAUCCAAACAUCCAGGUGGAGAAAUCAUCGUGGUCGCCGACUACUCCGGCAAGAUCAAAGUCCUCCGACAAGACUGCGCGUACCAAAAACGACGCUACGAAAACUGGGACACAAACUCCACCAUCUCACGACGGAUCCUAGGCCGCUCCAACUCCGCCCGCCGCAGCGCCGCCUCCUCAAUUGGAAAAGAAUCCACCCACAAAACCCCCUCCGAGCGCAUCGUCUCAUGGCGCAACUCCGUCAUCCGCCACCGCUCCAGCACCGAAGGAUCCCGCUCCGGCCUCCAAACCCGCAGUCCAUCCCCGCAACACCGCCCAGCAAUGUCCAGACUAGCCUCCUCCCGACCAUCAAGUGUCGGCCCACACGAAUCAGUAUCUAUCAUCACUACAUCCCCACCCCCAUCGCCGCGCCUACAAAGCGGAGAGAAGAGCCGGCUAAACGGAAAUAACAACGAUGCAAACGCCCCAAGCCCCAAAGCCCAACCCUCAAAAAUUGCCUCAUCCCCAGACCUCCUAACCAGCAACAAAGCACCAGACAAUCCGCUCUUGCUACAGGGCGACCGCAGCUACGCGUACUGGAGUAAGAUCACGCACGAUGCGUUGGCCAUGCAGUCCCGUAACUCGAAUGACUUCCUCAAGCCGGAUAGAAUCCCGUCGCGCGAGCGCGGGAUGAGUUCUGGUACUAGCGUGCUGAGCAGUGAGUGUACGACUUCGACUGAUGAUGCAGAGGAAGACGUGCUCAAGUGUGAUAAUUGUCAUGGGACCAAUUUCCGCAGUGUCAAGGGGAGGGAUGGGAAGCAGAAGCUUAUUUGCUCAGAGUGCCAUCGGCCUGUCUCUUAA